AUGAAGUUUGAGAUUGUGAUAUUUAUGGUUGUAUUUCCUGGAUAUCUUCAAGCGGGCUCAGGUGAAAGCAACAGAAAGAGUUUUAAUGAAGCUGUAGAAGAUUGUAAUAAUCAAGGUUUAGAAUUAUUAACAUUGUCAACAUAUCGGCAGUAUCUAGAUGUUAAGCAGUAUUUAAAUGCUUACUCAGUGGAUGAUUCAUGGUUGGCAUUAGAAAAAAACACAACGACUGGUAACUAUCAGUGGUUAAAUGGACGAGUUCUAACAGAGUUGAGAUGGGGAACAGGAGAACCUAGGAACUAUACUGUAGCUGAUUGUGGUGUGAUGAAUGUAUCUUCUAGACUCUGGUAUACUCUACCCUGUACAGACAGUAGAUAUUAUCUUUGUGUUGGAUCAGAUGGUUAUUCUGUCGGUAGCAUUAGUGUUGAUUUCUACACAGCAGUUCUUAACUGUCAAUCUGAAGGCAGACGACUUCCGGUAGCCAUUACUAAUCUCGAUACAAAGUGGUUGAAUAAUGUUAUUACCAAUGCUGGAAUAUAUGGCGACAUCUGGCUGGGUUUAAUAGAAUACGGAACACAAUAUGGCGAUUACUAUAGAUGGGUAACAGGAGAACACCUUACACCACCUUACCACUGGUGGACAAAUAGUGGCCGAUAUGCCAGGGUUCACUACCAUCACGGUGGAGGUGAAGGGUUUCACAUUAGUUCCGCUAGCCAGAGAGAAUUUAUUUGUAUGCCGAAAUCUACAGAAACUGCUGCUGUGGGCCGUAGUCUAGAUAAGUUUAUGCUGGUGUCCUAUACUGCAGUUGUACUGAAUUCCAUCAGGAAAACAACAACCAUCAACACUUUAAGACGAUUUCAGUGUGCUCUAAAGUGUCUACAAGAUACUGGUUGUAUACAGUAUACUAUUCAAGGUUAUCUGUGUAGAACAUUUGGUGAAAGUCUGGUCAUCACCGACAAUAGUCGAGGACACAUGUUGUGGCAAAAAAAAGUUAUAUCUUAA